GUUAGGUUAGGAUUGAGAGCCGUUGCCGUAUGGUUAAAACAUGAGCUAUUCUUGAAAAUUAUUGAAUUUUUAUACCUUUAACAUUUUAAAGAAACAUGACUGAAAAUAAGGGCGUGCAACAAAUCCCCCGAGUCUCAGAAAACAUUAGUUUUCCGGAUGAGGAAGAAAAAAUUUUGGCCUACUGGAAAAAGAUUAAAGCAUUUGAAACGUGUUUGAAGCAAUCAAAAGGAAAACCCAGAUUUUCCUUUUAUGAUGGUCCACCAUUUGCUACUGGUCUACCUCAUUAUGGGCAUAUCCUUGCUGGAACUAUCAAGGAUGUUGUUACUCGAUAUGCCCAUCAACAAGGGUACCAUGUAGAAAGAAGGUUUGGAUGGGACUGUCAUGGUCUCCCUGUGGAAUAUGAGAUUGAUAAAGCACUUGGAAUUAAGGGACCUGCUGAUGUAAUGAAGAUGGGAAUUGAUAAAUAUAAUGCAGAAUGUAGGAAAAUUGUUACUAGGUACAGUCACGAGUGGGAAAUUAUAAUUGGGAGAAUUGGAAGAUGGAUUGAUUUUAAAAAUGACUACAAAACUUUAUACCCAUGGUUUAUGGAAUCUGUUUGGUGGAUUUUCAAGCAACUUUAUGUGAAAGGUUUGGUGUAUCAAGGCAACAAGGUCAUGCCUUAUUCCACUGCAUGUAGUACACCUCUUUCAAAUUUUGAGUCGGGACAAAAUUACAAAGAUGUAGUUGACCCUGCUGUAACAGUCAGCCUUCCAUUGGUCGGAGACAAGGAAGGUGCUUCUUUAUUGGUAUGGACAACCACACCUUGGACUUUGCCAAGCAAUUUAGCAGCAUGUGUCAAUGGAGAUCUCAUUUAUGCUCGAUUCCAACACAUUGUUACAAAUAAAAUUUUCAUAAUGAUGGAAUGUCGCAUAGAAACCAUUUUUCAACCUGACGAUUACAAAAUAUUAGAAACAUUUCCUGGUCACAAGCUUAAGGGCCUUCGAUAUGAACCUCCUUUUAAUUUCUAUGAAAAUUUCAAGUCAAAUGCUUUUCAAGUACUAGUAGAUGAUUAUGUAACAGCAGAAUCAGGUACAGGGAUUGUACAUCAAGCCCCUUACUUUGGCGAAGAUGAUUAUAGAGUAUGUUUGGCCGCGGGUAUCAUUACAAAGGAUCAGGAACCAAUUUGUCCGGUGGAUGAUUCCGGGUGUUUCAUGAAUCCCGUUGUGGACUUUCAGGGACAGUAUGUGAAAGAUGCUGAUAAAAACAUUAUAGCUAAGCUGAAAGAAAAGGAUAAACUAGUGUUUCAGUCCCAGGUAAAACACAGUUAUCCGUACUGUUGGAGAUCUGACACUCCUUUAAUCUAUCGUGCUGUACCAUCUUGGUUUAUCAGAGUGGAACACAUGCAAGAGGCCCUGCAACAAUCGGCUAGGACAACUUACUGGGUUCCUGAUUUUGUAAAAGAUAAGAGAUUUGGGAAUUGGCUUCGAGAAGCUAGAGAUUGGGCCAUAAGCAGAAAUCGUUAUUGGGGCACUCCAAUACCGAUUUGGAUGUCCCCAAAUGGAGAUGAAGUUAUUUGUAUUGGCAGCAUAUCUGAAUUGGAAGAAUUCAGCGGAAAGAAAGUGAUAGAUUUGCACAGGGAGAGUAUCGAUGAUAUUGAAAUUCCUAGUAGAAUUCCAGGUAACCCUCCUCUACGAAGAAUAUCUGAAGUGUUUGAUUGUUGGUUCGAAUCUGGAUCAAUGCCUUACGCUCAGCUACACUACCCUUUUGAGCACUCCAAAGAUUUCGAAGAAUCAUUUCCUGCAGACUUCAUCGCCGAAGGGAUAGAUCAAACUCGUGGUUGGUUUUACACCCUAAUUGUCAUUUCAACAGCACUGUUUGGUAAGGCUCCCUUCAAAAACCUAAUUGCAAAUGGACUUGUGUUGGCCAGCGAUGGACAGAAGAUGUCCAAGCGAAAACAGAACUACCCCGAUCCUUUAGAAAUUGUGAACAAAUAUGGUGCUGAUGCUUUGAGGCUGUAUUUGAUCAACUCUCCUGUGGUUAGAGCAGAGAACCUGAGAUUCAAGGAAGAGGGUGUGCGGGAUAUUGUAAAAGAUGUUUUUCUGCCUUGGUAUAAUGCUUUCAGGUUCCUGUUCCAAAACUUUGAAAUCUAUGUCCAGAAUAAUAAUAAAGUAUUGAGGUGUGAUGAAAGGAGUGUAAGCAGUGAUAACAUUAUGGACAAAUGGAUAUUAUCCUUCACCCAGUCACUCCUGCUGUACAUUCGCAAGGAAAUGGAGCUUUAUCAUUUGUACAAUGUUAUACCCAGGCUCACAAAGUACUUUGAUUAUCUUACCAACUGGUACGUUCGCAUGAAUAGAAAACGAUUGAAGGGGGAAGGCGGUGAAAGGGACUCCAAAGCCGCGUUGACCACUCUGUUCAAUAUUCUUUUGAACAUUGUAAAAAUGAUGGCCCCAUUUGCACCAUUUCUUUCUGAAACUAUGUAUCAAUUCCUCAAACAGCUUUUAGACACAAAAGCAGAUAGUGUUCAUUACUUGAUGUUACCUGAACCUAAUCAAGAGUUGAUAGAUACCAAUAUAGAACGUGCUGUGUCCCGUAUGCAAACAGUUAUUGAACUUGGGAGGGUAGUAAGAGAUAGGAAAACCAUUCCGAUAAAAUAUCCAUUGCCAGAGAUCAUCAUUGUUCAUAGAGAGCAGCAGUAUCUAGAUGAUAUACACUCUUUGCAGGAGUAUAUAUUAUCGGAAUUGAACAUUAGGAAGAUAAGCAGUACCACAGAUAAAAGCAAAUUUGGUAUAACUCUCAGGGCGGAGCCUGAUCACAAAAUACUGGGAGCUAGGCUUAAGCAGGAGUUCAAAGCAGUGACGCAAGGCCUAAAAUCUCUAACAGACAACGAAAUUAAUGAAAUGGUGGAGAAAGGUCACAGAGUUAUUGCAGGUCAGCGUAUUGAAACAUCUGAAGUCCGUUUAAUCUUCAAGUCUGAGAGUUUGAAUACUGAUCAGUAUGAGGUGCACUCUGACAAUGAUGUUCUGAUAUUGUUGGACGUGACACCAGACUCUUCAAUGCAAGAUGAAGGCAUUGCUAGAGAGAUCAUCAAUCGAGUGCAGAAGCUGCGGAAGAAGGCUCAUCUGGUACCCACUGAUGAGAUAUCUGUUUUUUAUGAAGCCAAUGGAGAGUUGGAUAGGGUGGCAAAGGAUUUCACUGAAUUUAUUGAGAGCACUCUUAAAACCCACUUUAGAAAAAUAGAUGAACGGAAAUCUUCAGAUCAGAUUAUCAUUGAGGAACACCAAAAACUCAAGACUUCUGAUAUUCACAUUAUUUUAACUAAAACUUCUGAUACUGAGCAACCAGAAGGUAGAUGGGUGAAUGUUCAAUUGUUGGAAAAGAAAUCUAGGUACUGCAGAGGUUCUACGAAGGGUACCAUAUUAUUGGAAGUUGGAAAUAAAGUCCUGACUUUGAACGAGUUGAAAGAGGAAAUAUCAAGUCUGUUCGGUAUAGAUAACUAUGAUUUAUGGGUGAAAAAUGUAAUACUUAUCAACGACCACCAGCUUCAAGUUUUGAAUGGUGAAACAGUAUAUAUUACACCUGUUGGCAAACAGUUGUCGCUGCCUCAAAGUACAUACAUACCUUUUUGCAAAGUUUUCAAUUUCAAUGAAAGCGGUGUCAAAGGAACUAUCUUUUUGGAGAAUCCUUUAGGUAUUUCAACUAAUUGUGAUCACAAAAAUAUGGUAAAGGCUUGGUCUAAGAGUAAAUGAUUAAAAUUUUUUUAGAAAAAAAUUAAUUAUUUAUUGUAUGAAUUUUGUAAUACAUUGACAAUUUCAUGUUUGAA